AUGAAGAGAAACGUAAAUGAAAAUCCAACUCGAAGUACGGCAGGUUGUUUGCCUGUGCCAUUGUUUAAUCAGAAAAAGAGGAACAGACAGCCAUUAACUUCUAAUCCACUUAAAAAUGAUCCCGGUAUCAGUACUGCUUCUGAUAGUUAUGAUUUCCCUCCUUUACCAACAGAUUGGGCCUGGGAAACUAUGAAUCCAGAGUUGCCUCCUUUAUCGAAAACAAUGAACACAGGGCAAAUGCCACAUUCAGUUUCUCGUCCACUAAGAAGCCAAGAUCCCACGUCUAAAUUGAUUCAGUCAGAUAUUGAAAGAAAUCAGUGUGGUUGGAGCUCUAGAGAUGGCAACAAAAAUAUCAACUUGAAAACUUGGGAAAGAGAUAAUUUUAAACCUCAGUGCAAAAGAACAAACCUCUUGUCAAGUGAUGGAAUAAAUUCUUGUUCAAUGAGCUUGGGAGCUCAGCAGAAGCAAUUAAGACUACUUAACACCCCCACGACCACCACCAAACAUUCAUCAAAUGUAUCUUACUCCACAAUGAGAGCUAAAGAUAGUAACAGUACAUUACAGGGAUUAAAGUCCAAAUUUCAACAAAAUCAAUUUAAGAAAAAAAUGUUGGAUGAUACUCCAGAAGACAAUACUCUCAAGGAAGCUCCAUUAUAUGAGUUAAAAUUUAAGGAGAAAGAUAACUCUUUAAGAAUUAUAUCAGUGGUUAUUGAAAGCAUGAAGUACUGGCGUGAGCAUGCACAGAAAGCUAUCCUUCUUUUUGAAAUAUUGGCUGUUCUUGAUUCAGCUGUUACUCCUGGUCCAUAUUUUUCAAAGACUUUUCUUAUGAGAGAUGGCAAAAAUACUCUUCCUUGUAUAUUUUAUGAAAUCGAUCGUGAACUUCCAAGACUGAUUAGAGGUCGAGUUCACAGGUGUGUGGGAAACUAUGACCAGAAAAACAACAUUUUCAAAUGUGUUUCUGUCAGACCAGCAUCAGUUUCUGAACAAAAAACUUUCCAAGAAUUUGUUAAAAUUGUAGAUGUUGAGAUGAAGUAUUAUACUAAUGUAAUUAAUGAAGUUUAA